AUGUCGGCCCCGCGGACGAAGCGCCCCUUCGCCGGAGCAUCCAGCGAUCCAGCCCAACGUCAAAUCACCUCCUUCUUCGCACCCCAGUCCGGCCCAGCGCCCCCAUCUGAGACAGCAUCCACCUUGACCACCAACAAGCUCCCCCCCGACGUGCAGUCCAACCUCCUCUCUGUCGGCAUGCGCGUCCGCAAGUCCGUGCCCGAAGGCUACAAGACCGGCGGCACCUACAAAAGCGUUAAGCUUUCGGCCGAUACCACGGAACCCCGCAUCCCCGUCGUCCGGACAACCAACACUGUCCGCAACCGGAACGCCACCGCCGCCCAGCGCGAGCUGCUGCCGUUCUGCGGCAUCAAUAAGGUUGGCGGUCUGGCGAGCCAGCCAGCCUACGCAAGCGAGAGCGAGCACGAAGAGGAGGGCGUGCCUGGCUUGGAUGACUUGCCCGGCCUAAGCAGCUCCCAAGAGAGCGUUGAGAGCACCGCAAGUGACGGACGGAGCAAGAAGCGCUUCUUUGUUGACGAAGAGACCGACGAGCCCGUUCAGGUGUGGGCGAAUCGCACGGCAUGGCUGGACAGCGAAGUCAGUCCGCGGAGCCUGGCGCCGUCCGGGUUUGCGAAUGCUCGUCCGUUAGCGGUGCCGAGAAAGAGCCACCGCAAGUCCACGGCGGAGCAGGAGAACUUAGUCGUUGACGACUUUGAUGACGCGGAUUUUCUCGUCUCGCUGGACACCGAUAUGAGCGAUGCAUAG